AUGGAUCACGAAAAUGACCCCGGAUGGCAGUACCUCCGCCGCUCUCGCGAGCAAAUGCUCGAGGUAUCCUUUUUGUCACUUUUUACAAACUGUCCUCAUAAUUAUAUCAUUUGAAGAUUCUGUUUCGACUGUCUUAGUAGCUGUUUAAUUUAUACGUUCUGCAUUUUCACAGCGUUACAAAUUUUCUGUUUGUCUCUAUCUCUCUAUUACGGUAUUGCAUUUUGAAAAUUUGACUGUUUGCUCCGAUUCUGCUCAAAGUGGUAUUUCUACUAAAUUUAUACUUUGCGUCGGACUCGUUAUAGUUUUAUUCUCAUUCAACCGACAAUUUCCAGGUCUAGAGGGUUAGUUUAGAGUUAGUUGAGUUAAAAUUUUGAAAAAUAGUCAAAACUUAGCUGUUCAAGUUUUAUUUUUGAUAAUAUUUCACUCUGAAAACUGAAAAAUUUAAGUUCAUUCACAGUUUUUUGAACUUAUGAUCAAAAUAUUUCUGAGGGAUCAGCAAAUAAUUGUGCGACAAGUUCAACUCUCUUUAUAGAAUUUUUUAAGCUGAAAGUAUCAUGGUUCCUAUUGUCUUUCCUUUUUCUCUUUCUGAUGAUUUGUGCUAUAAGGCCAGGGUUGUUUUCUUUUGACAGUCAAAGUUGAGCCACUGCAAUCUCGACUGAACUCUUCAUUUUUCUCUUUUUUUCACAGGACCAGAGCCGGCCUUACGAUUCGAAGAAGAAUGUGUGGAUCCCCGAUGCGGAAGAAGGAUACAUCGAAGGUAUCAUCACCAAAACUUCCGGAGACACGGUCACCGUCUCUGUUGGACCGGGCAGUGAGGUCCAAUCUCUGCAUAACUCAUACCAAUCCUCAGCGUUUUAAAUUUCAGAAGCAGUUUAAGAAAGACCAGGUCCAGGAGAUGAACCCACCGAAGUUCGAAAAGACUGAAGACAUGUCCAACUUGACAUUCCUUAACGACGCCUCCGUUCUUGCUAACUUGCGAUCUCGCUACGCCGCCAUGUUGAUCUACGUCAGUUUCGAGAAGAUUUUGUGAAAUCUCUAUCAAUCUACUAAUUGAACCAGAGUUCAUUUGAAGAAGUGCGGGGGCAGUGGGCUCACCUUUUUUUCAUGAAGAGCCGCAGUGCGCGCAAUGACACUUGAGAUAAGUGUGCGGUGUUUGUUUUUAAAACACACCUGCAAACAGUUACGCUUGUGUGAACUCUCAAUAUCCGCCUAAAGCUUCGAGAUUUGAGAUAGAAGAACUGUUUCCAAUGGAAAAAUACGAAGAAUCCGAGUUACGAAAAAAACGUCAACAAAAGAACUCAAAAAAGAAAUGUUGGGCCAGAUUAUGAAAGGUCCAAUUUCCUUUUUUUGCAAUUCAAAAUUCCUUACUAAAUUGAUGGUUCACUGGAUUUAUUAUCUUUCCACUACGUAUCGGGGACUUUGAUAACAAGAAAAAUUGUAAUUCGAAAAUUGAAAGUUCCCUUUUUGAUUUCAAAUCUCUUUUUAUAGAAAAUAAUCAGAUCACAAUCACUAUGACUUUUGUUCAAAACUAUAGGUUCUUUUCAACAAAUAUAUCAUAUCACAGUUCCAAUAUUCUAUUUACGAUUAAAAGGCUAAAAUUGAGAAGAUUUGUAAGCAAAAGCAAAAACUUAAAGAUGACAAAACAUCGAAAUUUCCAGACAUACUCGGGUCUUUUCUGCGUGGUGAUCAAUCCCUACAAACGACUUCCGAUCUACACCGACUCCGUAGCCCGCAUGUUCAUGGGCAAGCGUCGUACUGAGAUGCCGCCUCACUUGUUCGCCGUCUCUGACGAAGCCUACCGCAACAUGCUCCAGAACCACGAAAACCAGUCCAUGCUUAUCACCGGAGAGUCUGGUGCCGGAAAGACUGAAAACACCAAGAAGGUUUCCGACAAGAGUUAAAAUGCGCUCAUCCGAAAGCUCUUAGGUUAUUGCCUACUUCGCCGCCGUCGGUGCUUCGCAGCAGGAGACGUACGGCAAGAAGGAAGACGUCGACCCGAAAAAGAAGAAGGUCACCCUCGAAGACCAGAUCGUCCAGACCAACCCCGUUCUCGAAGCUUUCGGUUUGAAAAGCUCAAAAGCAAUUGAUCCAAAUUCUCAUUAGGUAACGCCAAGACUGUUCGUAACAACAACUCUUCGCGUUUCGGAAAGUUCAUCCGAAUUCACUUCAGCAAGCAAGGUCGCGUCGCUUCUUGCGACAUUGAGCACUGUAAGCCUAGAAGGACAUCAAAACAAAACGAAAAAUAUGAUUCUAGACUUGCUCGAAAAAUCUCGUGUGAUCCGUCAGGCGCCAGGAGAGCGUUGCUACCACAUCUUCUACCAAGUCUUCUCCGACUUCGUGCCUACCUUGAAGAAGGACCUGAUGUUGGACAAACCGCUCAAGGACUACUGGUUCGUCGCUCAAGCCGAGCUGUCCAUCGACGGUGUGAACGAUAAGGUUGACUAGAAAAUGAGAAACUUGACAUGGGUUCUGAAAGUUCAGGAAGAACACCAGCUGACCGAUGAGGCCUUCGACAUCCUCAAGUUCACGCCUCAAGAAAAGAUGGAAUGCUACCGUCUUGUGGCCGCUAUGAUGCACAUGGGUAACAUGAAGUUCAAGCAACGCCCACGUGAAGAGCAAGCUGAAACCGACGGAACUGACGGUAAAACUUUUCUCAAAAUCUUUCACGAAUGAAGCAUUCAGAUGCUGAACGCGCCGCCAAGCAGUACGGUAUUGAUACUGAGGAAUUCCUGAAAGCUCUCACCCGACCCCGUGUGAAGGUCGGAAACGAAUGGGUCAACAAAGGACAGAACGUCGAGCAGGUAAUUGAAAAUAAUAAAAGUUAUUUAAAAAAAAACUGAAACUUGAAGGUCAACUGGGCCGUCGGAGCCAUGGCCAAGGGCUUGUACUCUCGCAUCUUCAACUGGCUCGUCAAGAAGUGUAACCAAACUCUUGAUCAGAAGGGUAUUGACCGUGACCACUUCAUUGGUGUGCUCGACAUCGCCGGUUUCGAAAUCUUCGACGUUCGAAUAACUAUCUUCAGCACUAAAAAAUUCUAAAAAAAUUUAGUUCAACUCCUUCGAACAGUUGUGGAUCAACUUCGUCAACGAGAAACUCCAACAGUUCUUCAACCACCAUAUGUUUGUCUUAGAACAGGAGGAGUACGCUCGCGAAGGUUUUUUCUAUCUUCAUCUUGGCCUAAGUAAAUAUUACAAGCUUUCAGGAAUCGAAUGGGUGUUUAUCGAUUUCGGACUUGAUCUCCAAGCUUGUAUUGAACUGAUUGAGAAGGUAACUGAAAUCUGAAAAGACAGAACAAUUAGCUUGCUUUGAUUCCAGCCUCUUGGUAUCAUCUCCAUGCUUGACGAAGAAUGCAUUGUCCCCAAGGCUACGGACCAAACUCUCGCCCAGAAGCUCAUCGAACAACACUUGGGCAAACAUCCUAACUUCGAGAAGCCAAAGCCGCCAAAGGGCAAGCAGGCCGAAGCCCAUUUCGCCAUGCGGCACUACGCCGGUACUGUCCGAUACAACGUCAUGAACUGGCUCGAGAAGAACAAGGACCCUCUCAACGACACCGUUGUUCAGGUAAACAUCUUGAAAAUCAGAAAAAGGCACACAGAUUCCUUUUUCAGACGAUGAAGAACUCGAAGGAAAACAGCUUGUUGGUCGAGGUCUGGCAAGACUACACCACCCAGGAAGAAGCUGCUGCUGCCACCAAGAGCGCCGCCGGUGGAAAGAAGAAGGGAAAAUCUGGAUCGUUCAUGACGGUCUCCAUGUUGUACCGCGAGUCGCUCAACAAGCUCAUGACUAUGCUCAACGCGACUCACCCUCACUUCAUCCGUUGCAUCAUCCCCAACGAGAAGAAGCAGUCUGGAAUGAUCGACGCCGCCUUGGUCCUCAACCAGCUCACGUGCAACGGUGUGCUCGAGGGUAUUCGUAUUUGCCGCAAAGGAUUCCCCAAUCGAACUCUUCAUCCCGACUUCGUCCAACGUUAUGCUAUCCUGGCUGCCGAUGAAGCUUUGACUGGCAAGGAAGAUCCUAAAAAGGGAGCCGCUGCUAUGCUGGCGCGACUUGUCAAGGAGAAGAAACUGACAGAUGAGAACUUCCGUGUCGGACUCACCAAGGUCUUCUUCAAGGUAAGUAGUUCACUACCGACCGGAAACGCUUUAAGAAUCAACUCUAGGCCGGUAUCGUUGCUCACUUGGAAGACUUGCGUGAUGCCCGCUUGGCCGAACUCAUCACCGGUUUCCAGGCUCAAAUCAGAUGGUUCUACCAGCUGGUAUUACUCACAGCUGGGAACUGAUUUCACAGAAAAAAAUCACAGAUUGAGCGCAAGCGUCGCGUUGAGAAAAUCGAAGCUCUCAAGGUCAUCCAGCGCAACGUCCGCAGCUGGUCUCAGCUCCGCACCUGGGUGUGGUUCAAACUGUACGGCAAAGUCAAGCCGCUCGUCAACUCCGGAAAGAUCGAAGCUCAGUACGAGAAGUUGCAAGAGACUGUUGCCACGCUCAAGGCUACCUUGGAGCAGGAAGUUUGAAAAAACAAGAAGAUUUCCAGAAUAAAAACUUUUCUCUCCCUAGGAAGAGAAGAAGAAGCAGCUGUCCGAAGGAUCCGAGCGUCUCAAUAAGGAGACCGCCGACCUCUUGGCUCAACUCGAAGCCACCAAGGGAAGCAACCGCGAAGUCGAAGAGCGUAUGGCCUCCAUCAACGAGCAGAAGGCCGCUCUUGAAGGCAAGCUCACUGAAGCCAACAAGCGUCUUGAAGCCGAGGAAGCUCGAUCUGUCGAGGUAAAUCGUUAAACUGAGAAAUUUUCGAGAUCAUAGUUUACAGAUCCUGAAGCAAAAGAAGCAGGUUGAAGCUGAGUGCGCUGAACUCAAGAAGAACUGCCAGGUAACUAGCAAAAAAAAAACUUUGAACAUUGAAAAUUCUAGGACGUCGAUUUGUCUCUCCGCAAGGUUGAGGCAGAAAAGAAUGCCAAGGAACACCAAAUCCGCGCUCUGCAAGACGAAAUGAGACAACAGGACGAGAACAUCGCCAAGCUUAAUAAGGAACGCAAGAACCAAGAAGAAGCCAACAAGUGAGCAGUGACUGCUCUUAUGAAAAUGAAACACUUGUUUUCAGGAAGCUCACUGAAGACUUGCAAGCUGCUGAAGAGCAAAACCUUGCUGCCAACAAACUCAAGGCUAAGCUCAUGCAGUCUUUGGAAGAUUCUGAGCAAUCGAUGGAACGUGAAAAGCGCAGCCGCGCCGACAUGGACAAGGCCAAGAGAAAGGCUGAAGGUGAACUCAAGAUCGCCCAGGAGACCUUGGAGGAGCUCAACAAGUCGAAGAGCGAUGCUGAAAAUGCUCUGCGUCGCAAGGAGACUGAACUCCACAACUUGGGAAUGAAGCUUGAAGACGAGCAAGCCGCCGUCGCCAAGCUCCAGAAGAGCAUCCAGCAGGAUGAAGCUCGCAUGAAAGACCUCAAUGAUCAACUCGCCGACGAGAAAGACGCUCGUCAGCGUGCCGAUCGUGCUCGGUUCGUUUAUGAAGCAGUUUCAUUUGUUUGUCCCGGAAAUUUUCGGGUGACUGCGUGAAUCAAGUUGUUCCCAAGCAAAAAAAAAAUGCGGUUUUAGUGACAAAGCAAAUAUUGGAAAUAAAAUGUUUUCCAUUUCAAAACAAAACCAUUUGAGACAAAUUUUGAGGAGAUUAUUUUUCAGCGCCGACCAACAGGCUGAGUACGAUGAGCUCACGGAGCAACUUGAAGACCAAGUUCGUGCUACGGCAGCUCAAAUCGAACUCGGCAAGAAGAAAGACGCCGAACUCGCUAAGCUCCGGCGUGACCUGGAAGAGGCUGGCCUCAAGUUCGGAGAGCAGCUCACUUUGCUCAAGAAGAAGGGAACUGAUGCCAUUCAAGAACUCUCUGACCAAGUUGAGCAACUGCAAAAGCAGAAGGCUCGUGCCGAGAAAGAGAAGUCUCAGAUGCAGGUAUGGAAACUUGAGAUUACUAUGAUAGUUUCAUUUCUCAGCGCGAGUUUGAUGAAUCUUCGGCCGCUCUCGACCAGGAGGCCAAGGCUCGUGCUGACCAAGAACGCAUUGCCAAGUCCCACGAAGUCCGACUUCUUGAACUCCGUUUGAAGGCUGACGAACAGAGCCGUCAGCUCCAAGACUUUGUCUCCUCCAAAGGACGCCUUCAUUCCGACAACUCUGACCUCUCUCGCCAGGUAAAUCAAACAAAAACCGGGUUUUGAAGUUUUCAAAUAUGAUUACUUUGUUUGGAAGAGGAAGGAAUAUAGUUUUUACUAUUCAUUUUGUAUUGAAAAAAUGAAAAAAAUCUUUAAAUUGUAAUCUUCUUCCUACAAACACUCCACAGAGGAUAAUUUCAGGUCGAAGAACUUGAAACCAAGAUCCAAGCUGCCAACCGCCUUCGCCUUCAGUUCUCCAAUGAACUUGACCAGACCAAGAGACUUGCUGAGGAAGAAAGCCGUGAACGCCAAAACCUCUCCAACUUGUCGAAGAAUCUGGCUCGCGAGCUGGAGCAGCUCAAGGAGUCUAUCGAAGACGAAGUUGCUGGCAAAAACGAAUGCAACCGUCAGCUCACAAAGGCCACCGUUGAGCUUGAACAAUGGAGAACCAAGUUUGAAACCGAAGGUCUUAUCGGAGCCGAUGAGUUUGAUGAGGUAAAUUGUUUGACUUUUGGUACAGUAACCAAAGUUCACGUUUUCAGGUCAAGAAGCGCCAGAACCAAAAGACCUCCGAGAUCCAAGACGCUCUCGAUGCCUGCAACGCCAAGAUCGUCGCCCUUGAGAAUGCGCGCGGCCGGUUAGUGUUUAGCAAACAGAAAAACGAUAAACGGAUAAUCCAGGUUGACUGCCGAGGCUGAUGCCAACAGACUCGAGGCUGAACACCAUGCCCAAGCUGUUUCCUCUCUGGAGAAGAAGCAGAAGGCCUUCGACAAGGUCAUUGACGAAUGGAAGAAGAAGGUCGACGACCUCUACCUGGAACUCGAUGGCUCGCAGCGUGACUCGCGUCAGCUUUCUGCUGAAGCGCACAAGCUUCGCGGACAGCACGACGCCCUCUCUGACCAGGUCGAAGGACUCCGUCGUGAGAACAAGUCGCUCUCCGAUGAGGUCCGCGACCUUACCGAGCAGCUUGGAGAAGGAGGCCGUGCCACGCACGCGCUUUCCAAGAAUCUUCGUCGUUUGGAGAUGGAGAAGGAAGAACUCCAGAGAGGCCUCGAUGAAGCUGAGGCUGCCCUUGAAUCGGAAGAAAGCAAGGCUCUCCGUUGCCAGAUCGAAGUCUCGCAGAUCCGCGCCGAGAUCGAGAAGCGCAUUGCUGAGAAGGAGGAAGAGUUUGAGAACCAUCGCAAGGUCCACCAGCAAACCAUCGACAGCAUCCAGGUGAGAAUACUUAAUUGUCGAAUAUUGAUAAAUUUCAAUUUUUCCAGGCUACUCUUGAUUCGGAAACGAAGGCCAAGUCUGAGCUCUUCCGUGUCAAGAAGAAGCUGGAGGCUGACAUCAACGAACUGGAGAUUGCCCUCGACCACGCGAACAAAGCGAACGAAGAUGCGCAAAAGAACAUCAGGUAGCCUGGAGACAGUCAAACUGUGAAAACUAUAAAUUUUAGACGCUACUUGGACCAGAUCCGAGAAUUGCAACAAACUGUUGAUGAUGAACAGAAGCGUCGCGAAGAAUUCCGAGAGCACUUGUUGGCUGCCGAGCGCAAGUUGGCCGUUGCUAAGCAGGAGCAGGAAGAGCUCAUCGUCAAGCUUGAAGCUGUAAAACAAUUAUUCAUUUCCUUUUGGAAGAUUUAUUUCAGAUUGAAAGAGCUCGACGUGUUGUUGAGGCUUCUGUCAAAGAACACCAGGAGCAGAACAACGAGCUCAACUCCCAAAACGUUGCUCUGGCCACCGCCAAGAACCAAUUGGACAACGAAAUUGCUUUGCUCAAGAGCGACAUCAGCGAGGCUCAUGCCGAACUUGCCGCCUCUGAGGAACGUGGCCGACGUGCCGCUGCUGAUGCUGCCAAGUUAGAGAAAAUUUUGGAUAAAUCUUCACUGAUAAAUUCAGGCUUGCCGAAGAUCUCCGUCAUGAACAAGAGCAUUCCCAACAGAUUGAGCGUUUCAAGAAGCAGCUUGAGAGCGCCGUCAAGGUGUCAUCUAAAAAAAAUGACUCAUAAAAUGAAUUUAUUGUACAGGAUCUCCAAGAACGCGCCGACGCUGCUGAAGCUGCCGUCAUGAAAGGCGGAGCCAAGGCUGUCCAAAAGGCUGAACAACGCCUCAAAUCCCUCCAAUCCGACCUCGAGACGGAAUCCCGCCGCGCUGGUGAAGCGAGUAAAAGCCAAGCCCGAGCAGACAGGAAGGUCCGCGAGCUCGAAUUCCAAGUUGCUGAGGACAAGAAGAACUACGACAAGCUCCAAGAACUGGUAGAAAAGCUCACCGCCAAGCUCAAGCUCCAGAAAAAGCAACUUGAUGAAGCCGUGAGUAGAAUACAGAAGAAGAGUACAAAUUUUAUGGAUUUUCCAGGAAGAACAAGCCAACCAUCACCUGAGCAAGUACCGAACGGUGCAACUCUCGCUGGAAACGGCGGAAGAACGUGCCGACUCCGCUGAGCAGUGCCUCGUCCGCAUCCGAAGCCGAACCCGCGCGUCCAACGAGCAAAAGUAG